CACUGCAGGAGUGCAGACAAAUAUAGAAAACCCAGUUUCCAGAUUUCUUUGUUUCUCAAGUGCUAAGGAUGAAACUAAAUGCUUGAUUAUUAGUUGACAUGACAACAAUGUUACCUGUUUGCUCAGCCACCUCUAGCUGCUGCUCUUCUCAUUCUCAGGGUUUGUUGAAUGGAGGAUCACAUCCAAUUUCUCUAUUCCACAAGAAUUUCGAGGCCAGAUAUGUUGUGGAUUACAGGAGCUUGUCGAAUGCUAUGCAUUUCCAAAGAGACUCGGUGAAAGCUCAUGCAACCAAGUCUUUCUACUCGAAUGUUGUGAAAACCACAGAACAGUCUAUCCCCAUGGAUUUUGUUGACAGGAGUUCCUGCCCAAACGAAUCAGUAUAUAAUAGUUGCAAGUAUUCAGAUAUGUUGAGUUCGUCUGGUGGAAAUGUAGAUUACCAGCAUCCUUUGGGAAGGUUUGAGCUGAAAUAUGUAGACAGUUCUGAUGUAUUGACCAUUGAUGAAGGACUUGUGGAGUUAACUGACCAAUCCACUGUGAAUAGCGGUACUUUCAUUACACAAGUAGAACCAGAAACCAUAUCAGCUACUGAUUUGACACAAGAAACUUCUACCUCCAUAUCAGACUCCCUAGACAUGAACAAUGAUCAGUUGUCCAGUGUGAACUCUAGUAUUGGGGAUCUUAUUGAUGGGGUCAGCAAGUCCUUCAGUGAGUCCGUAGAUAAGGGCGAAAAUGCUGUGAAAAGCUCAGCAGAUACAAUCUCUUCGUCAAUAUCAUCAGUUGUUGAAAGAGUCAAUGAAGCAGUGGAUAAUGUUGUUAAAGGAAUUUCUUCGACUGCUGAUCAAACUGGACAAUUUGGUACUAAAUUGACAAACUUUUCAACUGACUUAAAGGAAGCCACAAGUAAAGGAAGUGUGAUUGCUGUUGACCUGUUGAGACGCACGGUUGUUGUAGUGGACGAUUCUCUAGCAAAUGUGGCUUCCCUCGCUAUUAACUCUUAUCAAUCUUCCAAGGCCUUUCUUCCUCCUGACAUCAGUGAUGCACUAAAUUUGUCAGAAAAGAGAGCAUCAGAGUUUUUGGGGCCUGCCAAGGCUGCUUUGCAACAGGUUUAUAUUGCUAUUGAGGGAUUGGAAGAAAAUCUUGGCUUGGAUCCAAAUGAUCCAAUCAUUCCAUUUGUUCUGUUCCUCGGCACCUUUGCCACUUUAUGGGUCAUUUAUAUGGUGCGGACAUACAGUGGUUAUUCUGGAGAUUUAUCUCCUCAAUCUACGUUGGAGCUCUUGACAGGGAAGGAGAAUGCUGUUCUCAUUGACGUCCGACCUGAGGGUUUGAGAGAAAAAGAAGGUAUUCCUGAUCUAAGACGAGCAGCUCGCUAUCGCUAUGCAAAUGUGACUCUACCUGAGGUUGAUGCCAUAGUAGGGAAGUUGUUAAAGAAUGGAAGAGAUCUAGAUGACACAUUAACUGCUGCUGUUAUUCGGAACUUGAAGAUUGUUCAGGACAGGUCCAAGGUCAUAAUUAUGGAUUCUGAUGGUACUCGUUCGAAAGCAAUUGCAAGAUCCUUGAGAAGAAUGGGGCUUAAGAAUCCUUACUUGGUUCAAGGUGGCUUUCGAUCUUGGGUAAAAGAUGGUCUUCGAAUUAAAGAACUCAAACCUGAGACAACACUGACCAUACUUAAUGAGGACGCUGAGGCUAUUCUGGAGGAAAUCAGUCCUUCUCCACUGCAAGUAGUUGGGUAUGGUGUGGGUUUGAUUGCAGGACUGUAUGCAUUACUAGAGUGGGAAAAGACAUUACAACUAAUUGGCAUUGUUGGCCUUGGUCAGACCAUCUAUCGGCGGCUGGCAUCUUAUGAGAAUGCUGAAGAUUUUAAGCAAGAUGUGCGGUUGCUGCUUGUUCCGGCACAAGUUGGAGCUCAGGCAUUUUCUUGGGCAGCUGGAAAAUUGGAAUCGAAUGGCAUCGGUCUGCCAACAGCUCCUUCCUCCUCAGAUGUCAAAAACCGGGUCUUGCAAGCGGCUGCAAAGCAUCAAUCUCAACCUUUUGAUACUGAUGGCCUCCCAGAUCCAUCUCCUGGAUCAACAAAUCCGGUCAAUGAGAAUGUAGAUCUCUCUGAAGCGUAGAGGUUGAAAGUUCUCGUGCAAUGACUUGAAGUAAAGUUAACUGAUAUGUACAAACAAGAUGCAACUAUACGGGACACAUCGGCCUUCUGUGCAUAACUAUAGCGUAGUUUUUGUCUAUCCUAUUAAGUUUUGUACAUUUCACAUACAACAAUGAAUGGAAUUGGUAAAUU